AUGUCCUCAAGAAACAAAACACCACAAAAUAUUAUCGAUUUAAAUAAAAUAUUACAUCAGAACGAUUCUACGGAAAUAAAACAAAUGGUAACUGAAUUCGAAUUGAAUGGCUGGUGUUUCGUCUUUUUACCUGCCGAACUCAUUCCGGACUCAAAUUUGAUAAACGAAAUAUCGAAUUUUUUCCAAUCUAAUAAAAGAAAGAAUAAUUAUUCACAACGCUCCGCAAUAUAUGGUUAUUCGUCAGUGAAUCAUAAAGAAGGAAUUAAACUGUUAACAGGAAGUCAUUUUGGCACAUUUGCAAAUAGAGGAUUGGUGCCAGCCGAACUCGUUCAACCAUUGAACUAUCUUUCUCAAAUGUUAGAUGCUACAACAAAACGUUUAAUUGAACUACUUGAUCAACAUUCAGUAUUUCAACAAGAAUCAUCUUUGUCAUCUCUUAUUGAACAUGCUAAUCUCCCAUUGCAAGAUGAACAUUUUGGUAUGCUCGAUAUUGUAUCCUAUUUCAAUAAUAAAUCUGGAGUUCAAACACCAGAGAAUGGAAAAUCAACCGACGAAGUCAACUGUGUUCCACAUUAUGAUCCGGGAUUACUCUCAAUUAGUAUAUUAUCGACUCAUGAAGGACUUCAGCUGAAAAAUAUGAAAAAUAAUCAAUGGAUCGAUGGACCUUUAGAAUCGAACAUUGGUGUUAUCUGGUUAGGAGAGGCAGCAUCUCGAGUAACACAAAAUCGUCUUAAACCUGGUAUUCAUCGCGUCAUUUAUCCUCAUGAACCAAAAUGUCGAUUGACAAUCUGGUACGAACUCUGUACCAUUGAACAGUUGGAAAACUUAAGCGGUACAAAGAAAAACGAAUUGAUGACCAAUGGAUUCGUUGAGUUUGAAAAUCUUCCUGGUUCAACACCGAUAGCUGUUGUGUCAGGUGAAAGCAAACUCGAUUUUUUGAAACGAGUUGAAAGAGGCCUUGGGUUAUCAAUGAGCAAAUCGGGUCGACUAUAUUAUACACUUGAGAAGCAUCCCAUUUCAUAUCUAACGAAUAAUAAUUCAUUAACUGAAUAA